AUGACCCACAUCUACCUUGGCGUUUCUCACACCUGCCACACUUCUCACAUCUGGUCGCAGACUUCUCACAUCUGGUCGCAGACUUCUCACAUCUGGUCGCAGACUUCUCACAUCUGGUCGCAGACUUCUCACAUCUGGUCGCAGACUUCUCACAUCUGGUCGCACACUCCUCACAUCUGGUCGCACACUCCUCACAUCUGGUCGCACACUUCGAUUCUCUCACCCGACUUCACAAGUAUCAUUCGUUCUAUUAUGGCGGUGAGAAUCCAGUUGGACAAUACGUUCUUGCCUCUUCGCGAUGCAUUUCAGGACCAACCUGUCAAGACUUUGCUGGUGCUUUGCACAGCAUUGAUUGAUGUUUUUGCUGAGGGUUUUGAGUGUUUUGCUUUAUUACUUCUCUUUGCUCACUCUAUCCGGCGUCAACGCAAUGCCGGCCCCUACGGCCUUAUUGGACUUCUCAAAUACCUCCAUGAUGGCCGAGAUGGUACUACGGAUACUCGCUCGGGCUGCGACGACAACACAUCCUUAAACCACCAGACCGAACCGAAGGGCCUGGCUGUUCACGAUGACAGUGUUUGGGUACUCGGAGGUGACGACCAGAUCGAGCGUUUCUUCUUUGAUAAAGGAGGAGACCGUGCAGUAACUGCCCUUGGCGCAUUUGCACAAGAUUGGAAGAGUUGGGAUGAAAUAUUUCGAAACCUCCGCCCCGUUCAUCUAAGGUAUUUGCUUACGGCAAUCCUGGAAGUUAAGCCCUCCGACGAGUUCAAGUACAUUCAACGUGAGGCAAAGAAACGUUCGGGCAGGUCGCCCGCAACCACCACUCGAUUUCCCGGACUCUACCCGCGGCUCCCCCCUGCAAGGAAGCCUAAGGAGAAGCGAAUUGGAAAGAAGAGAAAGCGAAUCGACGAGAGUACGACUGAACCUUCAAGGGAGUCUUAUAAUGGCGCUGGUCUUGUCGAUUCUAGCCUAGACCAGCCGGCUAUGCUUGCACAAGCCAACAUGGAAUGGGUCGAUUUAUUGCCUGAUGCGGCCUUGUUGGGCACCGUUAUCGACGGCAACUAUUUGGAGAAUACCGCCAACAUGCCCAGUUGUCCGCCUUGA